AUGCUCAAGGGGCUGCGGAGCGCCAUGGACAAGGUGGGGGCCGACCCGACGGCCAACGUUGUACUGGUAGCGAGCUCCGUGCCCAAGGUCUUCUGCGCGGGCGCUGACCUCAAGGAAAGGAGGUUAAUGGGCCCUUCUGAAGUCCGGGAAUUUGUUAAUACCUUGAGAGCUACAUUCUCAUCCUUUGAGGCACUCCCCAUUCCUACAAUAGCUGUUGUUGAAGGAGCUGCUUUUGGCGGUGGACUAGAGUUGGCUCUUUCAUGUGAUCUUCGUAUAUGUGGGGAGAGUGCAACAUUCAGCUUGCCAGAAACCGGCCUUGCUAUUAUUCCUGGAGCUGGAGGGACACAGCGUCUUCCAAGGAUUGUUGGAAGGGCCAGAGCAAAGGAAUUGAUAUUCACUGGCCGUAGAUUUGAUGCGACAGAAGCUAAGAAUCUGCGUGCAGGAGUAGUGAACUACUGUGUUCCUGGUGGUGAGGCUUAUCAAAAGGCUCUUGAACUUGCCCGGGAGAUAAAUCAGAAAGGUCCGUUAGCGAUAAGGAUGGCGAAGAAGGCCAUCAAUGAAGGGAUGGAGGUAGACCUGUCCUCUGCGUUGGCUGUCGAAGAAGGGUGCUACGAGCAAGUUCUGCACACUCAGGAUCGCCUCGAAGGUCUAGCUGCAUUUGCCGAGAAAAGAAAACCUUUGUACACAGGAAAGUGA